ACAUUUGAUUUAUUAUCUUACAUUGCGAAAUGGUACAAGUAUCGUGUAUAUAUAAUAUAAUAACAGUUAGGGCGCAGAGUAAUUUAGGGCGUAUAUUUACAUUCUGUAGUUUUUCAACCUAGUCGCUAGGUGGCGAUAGUGACAACUUGUGCAUUAUCUCCAGUCGGGCUGCUAACCAUCGAAGAUAACCCGCCUGUGAGCCAAAGAAGUCAGACCUGCACGGUUUCUCCAGUGCCAAGAUGCAGACGCCGGUGCAGUCCAUCAUCCACAGCGGCUACUUCCACCCGACGCUCAGACACUGGCAAACCUGUGCCACAGAUUUAAGAGCGGAAAGUCUGAUCUACCCUAUUUUUAUAACAGACAAUGUUGAUGCAGUGGAGCCCAUUGCUAGCCUGCCGGGACAAGCCAGAUAUGGGGUAAACAAACUGGAAGGGAUGCUGCGACCACUUGUAGAGAACGGCUUGAAAUGUGUGCUGAUCUUUGGGGUGCCUGCACAAAUAGCAAAGGAUGACAGAGGGUCAGGAGCAGACACAGACGACACACCGGCCGUCACAGCGGUGAAGAAGGUGAGAUCUUUGUUCCCAGACCUGCUGGUGGCGUGUGAUGUCUGCUUGUGUCCCUACACAUCCCAUGGACACUGUGGUAUCCUCAAUGAAGAUGGUUCUCUGAACAAUGAUGCCAGCUGUUUGAGACUGGCAGAAGUGGCGCUGGCCUACGCCAGAGCUGGUUGUCACAUAAUUGCGCCCUCUGAUAUGAUGGACGGCAGGGUCGGAGCAAUAAAACAAGCUCUGCUGGCUAAUGGUUUGGGAAAUAAGGUGUCAGUGCUGAGCUACAGUGCAAAGUUUGCCUCCUGUUAUUAUGGUCCUUUCAGAGAUGCUGCACAGUCCAAGCCAGCUUUUGGGGACAGACGCUGCUAUCAGCUCCCGCCUGGAGCGAGAGGGCUUGCACUUCGAGCUGUGGAGCGAGAUGUGAAAGAAGGGGCUGAUAUGCUGAUGGUGAAACCAGGUCUGCCAUAUCUGGACAUUGUCAGAGAUGUCAAGGACAAGUUCCCCAUGCAUCCACUGGCUGUGUACAACGUGUCGGGGGAGUUUGCCAUGAUGUGGCACGGAGCACAAGCUGGUGCGUUUGACUUGCGAGCUGCUGUGAUGGAGGCUAUGACUGCUUUCCGCAGGGCAGUCCAGGGUGUACCCCGCCUCUCGCCCGAAGACAGCUGGGAUAAGCUCCAGCACCACCCGCGACCCUAGUGAGGAAAAAGCGGUGCUGACAUUAUCAUCACCUACUACACCCCUCAGCUGCUCAGCUGGCUGAAAGAGUGAGGAACGAGGCCCGAGGAUGGACAGUCAGAUGAAGUUGUUGCCUUUUAAAACCAAAAGUCUGCACUUGGCAUCAUCAGGGUAACAAACGUGCUUUGGGGAAAUCAUUUACAUUGAAUUCAACACAUUUGGGAUGCAAACAGGACCAGGAAAAAGAGUGUGAGAGUACAGUAGGGGUUACAUUCAAAUUGUAUAUGUUUUUGAAGGGCUUUAAACUAAAUGUAAGGGCUAGUCACAGUAUUGCUAUUGUGAUUGGGAUCAACAUUACAUGUUACAUAUGGGCCACUAGCUCAUCCAAUGUUUGUCACCACAACCGGACCUGGAAUUAAAGGGUUUAUUCAGAGUACCUGCGUUGGUGAGUAUGAAUGAAUGAAUGAAUGAAUGCACAUGCUAUAUUUAAAGGUUUUUGGUCCGUGAAACAAACCGUACUCACAAAAUCUGAUGCAAUAUUAGCAGUUUAUUGCAGUUUGUUUAUACUAAAGCAAUUACUAUGCAAUUAAUUUACCAGCCGGAAUAAAUAAAUAAAUAGAAAGGGUU